ACGCGAUUCCUUCGUUCGGGCUUUACCUAAUGGAUCUUCGAACAGAAACGAAAGAUCGUCCCUCGCUUCGUAACAGCCGUUUUAGCUUCAAGAGCCUGGGUCACGCAAAAAGAAUAAAAGUACCAGACACGUAUGAUACGGUUGAAGAGGAAAAACCGCCCUCUGUUGCCAAAGUUUGGGAGAACAAGGACAGGAAUCAGGAUGUGAACCCAAAUCAACUGAUAGGAGGGUCAUUGUCUAGCCAACUCAAUGGCAAGACGUUUUUUCGUGAAUCUGUAAUUGGUAGAGGUGGCAGCAGUAAAGUAUAUAAAGUUAAAGAUAUAAAUGGGAAAACAUACGCUCUCAAAAAGGUCUCCUUCGAGAACGUGGAUGCGAAUACGGUAGAGAGUUAUAUCAAUGAAACCAAACUGUUAAAGCAGCUUCAAGGACAUGACACUAUAAUACAAAUGUAUGACUAUGAAGUCAAUCGCGAAAUGGGCUAUCUGUUAAUGUUAAUGGAAUGUGGCGAUAUCGAUCUGGCGAACGUUCUUUGUAAGCAGCAAGGGAAACCGCCUGACAUGAUUAUAGUACGUGAAUAUUGGAGACAGCCUGCUAAUUUUCUUCUAGUCGCCGGUUCCCUUAAGCUAAUAGACUUUGGAAUAGCAAAGGCUAUACCGAAUGAUACAACAAAUAUUUAUCGAGAUGCACAGAUGGGAACGAUUAAUUACAUGUCACCCGAAGCUAUUAUGGACACUAAUACUAUCUGUGCUUCCGGACAGAAACUUUUUAAGGUUGGAAGACCAAGUGAUGUUUGGUCAUUGGGAUGUAUUUUGUACCAAAUGAUAUAUGGGCACACACCAUUCUCCCAUCUCAACGUCGCAAAAGCGAUCCAAUAUAUUCCUGACGUAAACUACGCAAUAUCAUUUCCUCGCAGAGUACCAAUAGCAAAUAAGCAUAAAUCGCAACCAUCAAUAACCAGUUUGGUAGAUAGUCUUGUUUAUACGGUCGAGGAGGAUGCAAUAAGAGUCAUGAAGAGUUGUCUGCAACGGGAUGCCAAAAAACGAAUGACAAUACCCGAACUAUUGUCAGACUCAUUUAUGCAGACACAUCAAGAAGACAGCACGUUGGAUAAAGUGCUGCCGUGCAUAGUGCGCGAAGUACUCAAGUACAGUAGUUGCACACCUUCUGCAUCUGACAGAGUAGACCAUAUUUCAAAGGCGAUACUUUCGCAAUUAAGACAGAAAAAACCACUUGAUUCUUCUCAAUGGGAUUAA